CCUCGCCCGCUCUGGAAAAAAAAAAGGCUCGCAGCUCCGUCCGCUCCUCCCGCUACCCGCGCGGCACAUACACGGACAAACACAAGGGAAGGUACAUAGCCGAAGACCCGCCAUCCUCAUCCCACACCACGACCAUCUCCUCUCGACCUCAGUCUCUCUCUCUCCCUCCUCUGCCCUGCAGGCUGCAGAUGCAGUGCGCGUCUGGUACAACCGCUGCUCUCCCUCCGUCACCCGGCCUUCCUGUCCGGGCCAAAUCUCUUGCGUCCAGCACCGCCAGAAACCUCCACCGGGGAUCAUCUACCUAGCUUCUCCAUGCUCCGCAUGGCCGCGGUGUAGCUGAAAGCUAGGCUAGUAUCCUCCUUCCCGUUCCCGGUUCGCGCGCGGCCGUGUGUUCCGCCGGCCAAGAAACAGGCAGCAGAGAGCGUGUUCCCGGCCGGAGAGGAGCAUCCAUGGGGGAGAAGCAGGCUCCGGACGCGACGGCCGUGGCCGCGGCGGGCGCGGGGGACCAAGACGACGGCACCGCGCCGCCGCCGCCGCCGCCGCUGGACGGAAUCCAGUACUGCAGCGAGCACCCGUACCGGCCUGCCAACGCCGGCGCCGCGGCGGCGGUCGCCGGCGGCGGGAUAUGCGCCUUCUGCCUGCAGGAGAAGCUCGGCCGCCUGGUGUCCUCCUCCAAGUCCAGCCCUUUCUUCCCGCUCGGCGGCCACCCGCCGCCGUCGGGGUCCCCGUCGUCGCCGCCGUCCUUCCGCCGCGCCGCUGAGCCGCCACCGCCGCCGCCGCCGCUCCACCCGUCCGGCGCCUCGCGCAAGUUCAUGUCGUUCCACCGGAAGAAGACGCUCUCCUCGUCGUCCUCCUCCUCCGCCGCCGCCUCCGCGGGGGGAGGCGGGCUGAAGCGGAGCAAGUCGGUGGCGCCGAGGCCCGAGCUGGAGCAGUUCCCCUACUCGUCGUCGGCUUCGUCGCUGGCGGCCGAGAGCCCGCGCAAGAAGAGCUUCUGGUCCUUCCUCUCCAUCUCGUCGUCCUCCGCCUACGCGCAGCAGGCCGCCGCCGCCGCCGCCGCAUCCACGCCGUACGCCACCAACAUGGGCGCCGCCGCCUCGAGAAGGAAGUCGGUGUCCGUGGCGUCGGCGGCGUGGGCGUCAAGGGGCGCCGGCGCGCAGGACCAGCGGCCGCGAGGCGGGGCCGGGACGGCGGCGGCGUCCGCGCUGGGGCGGACGCUGGAGGCCAUCGGCGAGCCCGAGAGCCCCAGCCAGAGCCAGGUGUCGUCCUCUGCCUCCUUCGGGCGGAAGGUGGCGCGGUCGCGCUCCGUGGGCUGCGGCAGCCGCAGCUUCUCCGGGGACUUCCUGGAGCGCCUCUCCAACGGCUUCGGCGACUGCACGCUCCGGCGCGUCGAGUCCCACCGCGAGCCCAAGCCCCACAGGAUGCGCGGCGGCGGCGGAGGCGGAGGCGGAGGCCUGGGCAACCUCCACGGAGCUGGCGCAGACGACGCUGACGCUGACGACGAGGACGACGAUGACGUGUACGAGCACCAGCACCGGAUCAAGUGCGCGGGCUUCUUCGGCGCCUUGGGCCCCGCGUCCUCCUCCUACUGGCUCUCCGCAGCGGAGGCAGGCGCGAGCGUCACCAAGAGGUCGUCCGGCCGGAGCCACCACCGGAGCUGGGCGUGGGCGCUGGCGAGUCCCAUGAGGGCGCUGCGGCCGACAUCGUCCUCCACCUCCACGAAGACCAUCACCGCCGUGCCGCCGCCCAGCCACGUGACCGUCCACGGCAACGGCGACUCGUCGGCGUCGGCAUUGUCCAUACCAUCCCCGACGCCGCCGCCAUCGUCGUCGACGGAGGUAACCGCAGCGGAGAACUGAAAGCCGAAGCUGCAGCAUGGCCGCCCCCACUGCCUUGCGUCCCGUCUGUCGAUUCGCGCCGUAUAGAUCUCGACAUCUCGUCCGUCCUCACCUCACCCCCCUGCUGUUCCUAAGUAAGUGUCUGGAUGUGUAAUUUCAACAACAAACUGCUCAUAAGUUGAAGAUCGUGCUGUGGAUUUUGGGUCU